CACCUCAGUGGAGGCUGUGAAGACGCUUUUCUCCAUGCCUGGCUACUGGAAGGAAUUUGCCAGCAUCCACUUUCAUCGGUGUUGGGACAUGAUAGCCUCCCGAUAUCACUACUCGCAGGGGGUUGGCCUGAUUGCAAGAGCCAUGAUCGAGUUUGAGAACCCUCAGCUCCCUGCAGUUUUCAGAGAGGCAAUCACCAUCGUCCAGAGUGGGAAGGAGGAGGAGCAGAGAACUAUCGCCCUGGCUUUCUGCACUGAGUUUCUCCAGAGUCCUUCCAUUGACACCAUCCUGACAAGAUCAGCCCUCCAGGCACAGCUCAUGGACUGGACCAAAGAUGCAAAUUCCAUCAUACGGAGGCUCAGUGCAAUUCUUAUGGGCCCAGCUGCCAGCAAUCCUGGCCAUGUUUUGUGA